GCCGCUCUCCAGCCGGACAUGCUGGAGCGGGACCCUGACGAGGCGCUCAAGCGCGCCGUGCUGUUCCCGCUGCUGGCGCUGGAGCCGCCGCGGCAGUGCCUGUUCCUGCUGGUGGACUCGCUGGACGAGACCGGACCGCUGGAGGUGCCCGCGCCCGCCCACCGCACCAGCCGCACCAUCGGAGAGCUGCUGGCCAACCACCACCACCUGUUCCCGCAGUGGCUGCUGCUCGUGGUGACGGCACGGCGGCAGAGCAAGGCCGUGGCCAAGAUGUUCACCGGCUUCCGGAAGAUCUCCCUGGAUGACCUGCGAAAGACGCAGGUGGUGCGCGACGUGCAGCAGUACAUCCUGGCGCGCCUGGACCGCGAGGACUCGCUCAAGCAACACAUCUCGCGCGACACGGCCGAGAUGCUGAACCAGCUGCACAUCAAGAGCAACGGCUGCUUCCUGUACCUGGAGAAGGUCCUGGACGGCGUGGCCGACAACUUCAUCGUGCUCCGCGAGGUGCGCGAGAUCCCCGGCACCCUCAACGGCCUCUACCUGUGGCUGUGCCAGCGCCUCUUCAACCGGAAGCAGUUCGCCAAGGUGAAGCCCCUCCUGAACGUGCUGCUGACGACGAGGCGGCCGCUGACGCGCGACGAACUGCUGUCGUGCAUCAGCACCUCGCUGCCCAACGUGUCGAGGGAGUACUUCAACUGGCGGCUGCACCUGCUGCGCCGCGUGCUCGUCACCACCGGGCCCGUGCUCUCCAACUCCCCGUCGGCGGCCUCGGCCACGGCCACCUCGCCCGCGUCCGCGCCCGCGCGGCCGCAGCCCCAGCUGCUGCUGUUCCACCACAGCUUCGCCGAGUGGCUGCUGGACGUGAAGCACUGCACGCAGAAGUACCUGUGCUCCGCGGCGCAGGGCCACGCCAUGCUGGCCAUGUGGUACACGAUGCGCGCCAAGUACCUGUCCAAGGAGGAGGUGCAGACAUUCGCCUUCCACCUUUCCAAGCUGCCGCCGCUGCCCAAGCCGGACAAGAGCGAGACGGCGGCCACCGGCGCGGCCACGCUCGACCAGCACCAGUUCCAGGUGCUGUGGCUCAUCGACAGCGGUGCGCCGGUCGAGGACUGCCUGCUCCCGGACGAGAAGGACAAGGGGGAGGCCGUCGUGGAGACGGCUGCGCCGCCGAUCGAGCCGCUGCCCACUCUGCCUCGCGAACCUCAAGUCUUGAAGCUGCUGCUGGCCGCCGGCGCCAUCCCGCCGCCCAAGGACGAGGACGAGGAUGGCCACGACGAGGACUCCGCGAGGGGCGUCGGCGGCGCGGACGACGUCGAGAAGAGGUCUGUGGGCGUUGGCGCCGACGGCGAGCCUCCGUCCGUCGACGAUGAGGGCACUUCUAGUCAAAUUUCGGAGCCCAGCCCCGCGUCCGGCGCGCUGGCCGAGCUGCUGGGCAUGUUGGGCAUGGACCGGGACAUCAACAGGGCCGACCCUAGCAGUGGCAGGACGCUGCUGCACGCCCUGGCCGCCGAGGGGGACUCCCGCCUCCUGGAGCUCGCCCUGCAGAGCUGCCCCGAGGCCGAGCUGGAGCGCACCGACAGGCACGGGCAGACGCCCCUCAACCUGGCCGCCAGGCACGGCCACGCCGACGUCGUGGAGGUGCUGCUCGCCGGGGGUGCUCGCGUGGACCACGCGGACCGCGACGGGUGGACAGCGCUGCGCGCGGCGGCCUGGGGCGGCCACCGCCAGGUCGUGGACUUGCUGCUGGAGGCGGGCGCCGCCGUGGACUACGCCGACAUGGACCAGCGCACGGCGCUGCGGGCCGCGGCGUGGGGCGGCCACGAGGACAUCGUGCUGGCCCUGCUCCGGUCCGCGCCGUCCAGCGAGCACGUGAACCGCACGGACGACGAGGGCCGCACGGCGCUCAUCGCGGCCGCCUACAUGGGCCACGCUGAGAUCGUGGAGCACCUCUUGGAGUACGGCGCCGAGAUCGACCACGCCGACAACGACGGCAGGACGGCCCUCAGCGUGGCGGCGCUGUGCGUCCCGGCCAACGAGGGCUACGCCAAAGUCAGCGUUGUGAACAUCCUGUUGGAUAAAGGAGCGAGUGUGGAUCAUCAGGACAAAGACGGCAUGACCCCUCUUCUAGUGGCUGCCUUUGAAGGCCACAGAGAUGUCUGCGAGCUGUUGCUGGAGAGCGAGGCAGAUGUGGACCACGCAGACCGCUGUGGCAGGACUCCACUGUGGGCUGCAGCGUCCAUGGGACACUCCACUGUGGUGGCCCUGCUCUUGUUCUGGGGUUGUUACGUCGACAGUAUUGACAACGAGGGCCGCACCGUGCUCAGCGUGGCUGCUGCCCAAGGCAACACUGAAGUCGUCCGACAGCUUCUUGAUCGAGGUCUUGAUGAGCAGCAUAGAGACAACUCUGGCUGGACUCCACUGCACUAUGCAGCAUUUGAAGGCCAUCGUGAAGUCUGCGAGGCUUUGCUAGAGGGUGGUGCCCGAGUGGACGAGCCCGACAACGAUGGCAAGGGAGCGCUGAUGCUUGCUGCUCAAGAGGGCCAUGUGGCUUUGGUGCAAGACCUACUGGUCAGGCAUGGAGCGCCCCCGGACCAGAAGGCCCAUGAUGGCAAAGCUGCCCUGCGAAUGGCAGCUUUAGAGGGCCAUUAUGAGGUGGUAAGGUGUCUGAUUCAGAGUGGUGCUGACGUGGAUGCUAAGGAUGCUGACGGUCGUAGCUGUUUGUAUAUCCUAGCAUUAGAAAAUCGGCUUCCUAUGGCUCGCUUCCUGCUGGAUCAGGGAGGGGCGGAUGUGGAAAGUAGAGACUCUGAGGGCCGCACACCAUUGCAUGUGAGUGCUUGGCAAGGGCAUGUUGAAAUGGUUGCUCUACUUCUGACGGUUGGGGGAGCCGAUGUAAACUCAGUUGAUUUGGAAAAUCGCACUGCGCUUCACUCUGCUUCCUGGCAGGGCAAUGCGUCCAUAGUGAGGUUGCUCCUUGAGCAUGGAGCCGCUCCGGACCAUACUUGUAACCAAGGUGCAACUGCUCUAGGUAUCGCCGCUCAAGAAGGCCAUGAGGCUUGUGUCCGAGCUUUACUUCAACAUGGAGCUGAUCCAAAUCAUUCAGAUCGUUGUGGUCGUAAUGCUCUGAGAGUAGCCAUGAAAAGUGGGCAUGAUAAUGUUGUUCGACUUCUAGAAGAAUUUGCAGCAAGUUCCAGACCACACCAUCUAAGAUUAACUACGAAUGGUGGCAGUAGUGGUGCUGCCUCCAUUACUUCAGGAGCUUCUGCUGAAACAAAACCUUCUUCAGCUCUUCUCAUUCCUUCCGCUCCAUUGGCUCACCACAAUUCCAUAUCUCCCAUUGACUCACCAGAUUCAACAUCCAAGAGAAGGUCCUUUGUCUCUUUGGGGAACCACUCCAGCCACUCCAAGUCCAGUAGUAACUUGACUGGUAGUACUAAGAGUUCUCACCAAGAGUCCAACAAUUCUCAUCAGCUGGCUGCAUUGUCAUUCACCCAACAACUACAGCAGUGUACACGAGGAGGAAAAUCUCGACCACUUUCACGGUUACUUAGUCCCCUGCAAUCAGAACCUCAAAGUCCAAUUUAUGCCACCCCUCCACACUCACCACUCAGCGACGUUGGUAUGCCAGCCAGCCCCAUGGCUGUGACCCCAACAGGUGGUGUCGGAAGUAUACUUGCAGAUCCUCAUUUUACCCGUGAUACUCAUAUGCGAAUAAUCCUUGGCAACAGUAGUGCUGGUGUUGGAAGGAAUGUAAAAUCAGGGUCCGAUUUCAAUCAUUCUAGUGGAGGUGGAAGCAAGCCAAAACGAAAUGGGAUUGUCACAAAUCCUGCUCUCAGACUUGUACCGGGCCUUAAAAACGGAUUGGACUUCGCAUCUGGCCGCAAAAUGAACAGUAGUGCUCGUGUUACGAAUUCAAGUGUUGCAAGUCCUGCUGCCAUCAUGAACUCACGACCAAAUAAUGGGUUCCAGUGGAGGAAAGAAACCCCAUUAUAGCAGUAAUCUUUUUAAGCGAUUUGUUUUGAAGCAAGUAAUCUGCCUAUGGUACUGAGGAACAAAGUGUUAUUUUUACAUGUUGUUAUAGUUCAUAGUGGCAAAGCAGUCUGUUUUGUUCAUCAGAAAUCAUCUAAGUGAGUCACUUUGCAUCACAGAGAAAUUGAUGUGAAAUUUUACUAGUCGUUUUAAGUGAUCACCCCUUUAUGUAAGGAGAAUAUUGGCUUGCCUACCAAAGAAAUCAAAUUUGUCGGUUCCUGGUGUGUCUUGCAAUCAUGGUUACAUGUCUAAGACUUUGAAUUUUAGAGGGGUUGUGGAAAGGAAGUCGUUUUAGUUGUUAUCUUUUGUUUCUCCUUGCACAAAUCAUUCUAGAAAUAUUUAGAUUGCAUGGUAUUUAUUGUUCAUUGUAUGAUGAUCUAUUGUCUCAAAUUUUAUGGUAUUAUUGUUAAACUAAUAUUUGUGACUCUGCAUGUGUGUGUAGAAUGACUGAAUUAUGCAGACAUUUUUAAUAGUUUGUUUAAUUUGGCAUGUGAUGUGCCAAAGAUAGCAAUUCUUUUAAACAAAUCAUCUCUGGUGUAGCUCUCUAAAUUGCACUUUUAAGACAUGAUUUAAAGUGGCACUGAUUUGUGUAUCUUACCUAGCUCUGUGGUAAUAGGAAGUAGUGAUCUAUUUUAAAGGCCUAUGUAUAAAUUGUAAAGGAUGUCUUGUGUGAGAUUGGGGGUGAUGAUUUGUUUCAUUGUUGCAUUAUGGAGGAAAUUAUGAGUUGGAUUCAAGUUAUAGGUUCUUUUGUACUCUCUGUAACACGUUGACCUGAACAAUCAUCAUAUAAGUGUCUGAAGACCAAGUUUUGCAGAAACUUGUCCCCAAUACGAUAGCAACUUCUGUGAUUAUGUAAUUCUUCUAACUAUUGCUUGCUUAAUUGCAUUUAUAGAAAUUACCUUUACCUUUUACUUGGAAUUCAUUAGCUUGUAGGUAAUCAACUACCCAUUUCAGACUUGCAAAAAUGCCAUCUCGCGACUACAAAGUUCAGUAGUUUGCCUGAACUGGGCUGAAUAGCAUAUUCUGCCCUUAUCUUAUCUAGAAGUUUUACAUGCAAUGCUUAUUGUCUUGCAUUUCGUUUUUGGUUUUUUUUUGGGGGGAUGGCUGUUGAGUACAAUGUACUAUGAGUAUUAACUAUUUUACUUUAAAGUUGUUGAAUCGCUGGUCUGUUAUUUAUGUGUCUAUUGUUAUUUGGAGACACUAUUGUUUAUCAAAUUUUAUUUGUAGAGUCGUCAAUUUGUACUAUACUACUGUAGAACUCUAAGGCAUUGCCCAUAUAAGACUGGACCUUUACCAAUGUUGCCAUAUAUUUGCUGUUAUUUUUCUAUUCUUCUCAUUUUUUUUUUUGUGGAAGUAAGCAUUUUAUUUUUCGGUUGACGUUUUAAAAAUAUGUGUUGCACUCUGAAGCAAUGUAUGCAACAAGCCUUGUUGCACCUGUGAAAUAAUGUUUCUUUUCCUCAGUUUUAUUUUUCAAUCAAUGAAAUAAUGUACUUUUUACAUUUUAAGAUCUUUCUUUACUUAUUUAUUUUUAACUAUCUAUUGACUUGUUCAAAAGUAAUGAUUUUAUGAAACGGAGAAAUAUAGUAAUUAUUUUAUAAUAAUUGUAAUUACAAAAAGACAACUCUACUUCAAAUUCUGAGAGAAAUUUGUCUUGUGUCUUCUUUUUGGUUCAUUGCAUGAAAUGACUUGUGGGUUGUGCCAAGGAAAUUUUAACUGUACAGUAGUCUCCACAAGAUUUGUCAAAUUUUUAUCCCAAGAGUGGCUUUGAUUAUAAAGUAGCCUUGGUUAAAUCAAUAGAAAUCAACUAACUGAAAAGUUUUAUCCUAGUUACCAGAAACAAACCUUGUAUUCCCUCCUGUAGUAAAAAGAAUUUAUAUUAUAUCUAUCAUGUUAGCUAGUGCAUGCUAUCAGGAGUCUUUUUCUUCUGGUGUAUAGAGUGUGGUAGUGAUGUGGUUAGAGAGAAAUUUAAAUUGUCAAUCAUUAAUUUUUGUCAGUUUCCUACAGCUAGUUAAAUGUCACACCUUUCCGUAACUAGUCUGCAGAGUUGCAGUCACAAAAUUCCAUUGCAUCUCAUGUGAGCUUGAGUGCUUGUUUCAAUCAAGCAAUUUUUAAUGUACCUAACUAUCCACACUGAAGGAAAAGUGCCAAUGAAAAGAUUUUGGCAGUAUUUUUAAGUGGAUGAGAUACUUUUAGUGCUGCACAUUCUAAAUCUCAAUUUUCCUAUCAUCAUCUAAACCGCACUUGUUUUAUUUUACCUAAAGAAGUUAUUAUGAUGGCAGCACUGAUUGUCAAAUAAUACAUUUAAGAGGCAAUAGAUUUGUACAAGAUGUGAGGUAUGAGCUUAGAGUGAUCUCAAAUGGUGAGGAUGUGUAAAGGCUACAAUUUGAAGUGCAUAUUUUGUGUCUGAAA